UUAACAAAAACCCUGACUUAUUCUCUCCUUUAAUACCCUAUCAAACCCUAAUAACUUCCACCUUCCAUUGCCGCACCUCUCGAAAUUCUCAUCCGAGAAACAGAGCAAAAAACCCUUCAGAAAAAAUGAAGUACAAUCCAAGAGUAACAAGCUCUCGCCGCAAAUGCAGGAAGGCGCAUUUCUCGGCCCCAUCAAGCCUCCGCCGUGUUAUCAUGAGCGCACCACUUUCCGGUGAUCUUCGCAGCAAGUACAAUGUCCGAUCUAUGCCUGUUCGCAAAGACGACGAGGUCCAAGUUGUUAGGGGUACCUUCAAAGGACGUGAAGGGAAAGUGGUUCAAGUUUACAGAAAGAAAUGGGUCAUCCAUAUUGAGAGGAUUACCCGUGAGAAGGUUAAUGGGUCUACUGUUAAUGUCGGAGUUCAUCCUUCUAAGGUUGUCAUUACCAAGCUCAGGCUCGAUAAGGACAGGAAGUCGCUUUUGGAUCGCAAGGCUAAGGGAAGGGCUGCAGCGGAUAAGGACAAGGGUACCAAGUUUACAACUGAGGAUAUUAUGCAGCAGAUUGAUUAAGUUUUUGGUAAUGUAUGAGAAACGCAUUUCUGAAUCUAUGUUUAUGUUUUUGGAUCUUUUGAUAUUGGUACUGAAUUGAGGUAGUUUUUUUUGCUUUGCCAUAAGAAGAUUUGUGAUCUUUCGCUACAUGGUUAGGGUUUUGGCUGGAACUCUUUAUUACUCUCCAAUUAAUGCGAUACUUUUCUUAUGCUUA